AUUUGUUGACUGAAGAAAAUUAAUUUACGGUCAUACAAGAAGUUAGCAGACUUAACAGCCCAAAUGUGCCAACAAUUGACGAAGUAUUUACUCUGGAGAAUAAAGAUACUGCGAUUGAAGGUGCUUGGAAAGAAGAAAAUAUAGUUUGCUCUUAUUUAUCAGAUGACGUGAAUUACGAGGACAUGCCAGAUGACGUGAAUUACAAGAACAUGGCAGAUGAUGUGAAGCAUGACGAUAUGCCAGAUGACGCAUCAAUAACGUUCAGAGAAAUAGGCGACGACGAUCUGAUACAGAAUUGUAAAUCAACAGCUUAGAAAAGAGUGAUUUGACGUAUGUUUCCAAAGACAAAGAAGCCAUUGGGAAUGAGAACGGGAGUGACAAAAAACCAUUUGUUGCAAAAUAUGCUGUUCAUAUAAGACAACCAACUGUCAAAAUUUUGUCAAUUCCUCAUGACACCUUAGGUCACAUAAUGGAUUGUCCAAAACUAACAUUUGAUUCAAUCUUCACUACCGAAUGCUCAUCAGAAGUAUCGUUUACACUAAGUCAGGAUGAAUGGUGGCAGAUGGUACCCACGUAUUUAUCACCAAAUCGCCUUCAAAACAAUUGGACAAAGAUAAUUGCCAAACACCUGCAACUAUCUAAUCCAUUUUGCAGUUUCAUCUUCGACAGGCAUUAUGUUCAGAAACAAAACUCACGAAAGCGAUGUUACAAAAUCUAUUUCAAAGCUAAUGGUCGAUGUAUAUUUGAAAACUGUUCGUGCCGCUUUACUCUCGCAAUGAGCAAAGAUGAUUUUCAUCAAAAAAUUGUUCAUGUGAAAUACACUUGUAGCAUCAAACAUACAAAUUGUGAAAGAAAAUCUCGUGCCAUUAAAGGAGAAAAACGCGCUCAAUUCAGGGAAGAAUUCUGCAGUGGCCCUCUUAAGCCAUCCGUUAUGUAUCAGAAGAGAAAACUGGACGUUUUCCCUGAUGCAAUGGCAUCUGGAAAUACAACAGGCUGUGGCAAUAAACCUGAAACAAUGAGAAAAAUUGCAAGUGAAGGAAAACAGUUGUUGCAACAAGAUAAAGACCUUUCAUGCUCUCUGGAAAAAAUAAGAAGAACGCUUCUUGGAAAGGAAACUACACGCGAAUUUCCAAAAUCAAAAGCCCACGACGGUUUCGUACAUACUAUUGCAAUGCAUCCUCUCAUCGUUCCCAUGGGAUUAGAGAAUGAAGUGCGUUUGUGGCACGGUGGAUGCAAGAAUGAUAUUUCUUAUCUUGACGCAACUGGAACAUUGGUUGCUGAUCACAACGGGAAGCGCGUCCUUUAUUAUGCAUUAGUAAUACGCCAUCCAGUAGAAAAUGAACCAUCGUUUCCAGUCGCAGAAAUGAUUACUUCGGAUCAUACAACGGGAAAUAUUCACUCAUUUUUAGAAAGAUUUCGGCGAGACGAAUCAAAGUUAUAUAGAGGGAAUCUAUCAUCUCCAAGACAGGUAAACACUGACUAUUCAAGGGCUUUAUUAAUGGCAGUUUUGCAGGAAUCCAAUAACGAAUCAAGGGCAGCAUUCUUCAAGAGAGCUUUCAGGAUAGUCAAUGGUAGAAGUCUUGACAAUGAUUUAGCUCUUAUAGUACCUCAUGUUGGAUGUAGUCACUUCAUGCACAUUGUUCACAGGUAUCUCAAAAAAUAGGAUUCUGUCGAAAAUUUGGUACGGCCUGGAGAAACUAGAACGUCCAUUGGGGAGGGGGGUAGUGCGGUGGUAAAUAUUCAUAUAUUCAGAUCUGCUCGACUGAUUUUGUUUGUUAGCGAUCUUUAACGUUCUAGUUUCGGCCCUGUUCUCAAAUCUUAAUCCAUUUUUCAAAAACAAUGAGAGAAAUGCGGUAUGCAGUUUUUCAAUAAAGACUAAAUAUGCAAUGCCCGUAUUUCUCUCUAAACAGAUUUAUCACAAACCGAUUUUUUUAUCCAGGCAUGUACGAUUUAAGGCACAAAAUGCCUCAAACGAAAAAAAGGACAAAGAAAUAGUGUGGCUACUUUAAAAUUGAUUUUUAAACGCGCAGAUGGCUAAACAUCUAUCUCACUAAAAGUUAUUGCUUUUGUAUGACCAUCAGUAGCACAUCCAGCAAAAGUCAAAAUAUAUUAUUAGUGCUUAAUUUCUGAAGACUAAAAUUUUACCAAUCACCAAGUUGAGUCUAACAUC